GAUGGCAGCAUGUCCUCUGUCUGCUCAGUCUCUCUCUAUUGACUAUUUCAUUUUAAUGGUGUUUAGUUCUUGUGUAUUGUUUUUAUCGGUUCAAAAGUUGCAAUUUAAUGUUUUUAUUGAAAUUUCUUCACAAGCUCUUGAGAAUUGUGGACUUUUAAUAAGAUUAACUUAGCCUCUACUACACUCGGAGCCUGGGCUAACAGACCGAACGAAGCCUGCCACAUCCACCACCACCUGGAGCUUGGGCUAAGAAGAGGCCAGAGCUUGGAAAAUACCUGAGGCUGUGCUACUCACAAACUAUAGCAUAACGGAGGAAACUGGAGGGCCUGGAGAAAACCCACACACGCACGUGUACAAAUACAUACUCCACACAGAGACUUCGAAACGGAGGUUCGAAGACGCACACGGCGUAAAGUUAGACGUUAUUGUCGGGAGUAAUGUCAAAAGACUUAAGGUGUAAACUCGUUAAGGUGGGUGACCAGCUGACGUGGGCUUCAGAUAGGCGAUUUUGAUGCAGGUUCCAGCCAGCCCCUGAGACCCAGGGACAAGAGGGACAAGCGGUAGAAUUGGAUGGAUGGAUGGAUGCGCUUUUAAUUGACUGGUGACAACAUUAUACCAGGAGGAUGUUCAACUUUUACUCGCACGCCCUAACGCCCAUGCAGGGUUCUCUUACCAAAAUCUGGUUAGCAGCACACUGGAAGCAGAAGAUCACCAAGGACCAUGUUUUUGAAUGCAAUUUAGAAAAAACAAUUGGAGAUAUAAUUUCUCCACAGAUGCAAAUUGGUUUGCGGACCUCUGGAUAUUUGCUUCUUGGUGUGGUUCGGAUCUUCUCCAGAAAAACUAAAUAUCUUCUAGCAGACUGCACCCUUGCCCUGGUUAAAAUUAAAGUGUCAUUUCGACCAGAUGAAACACAAUUACCUGUUGAAGAGCUUCAGGCAACAGUCCAAAAAAUCACCUUGACAGAAGAUUUUACUUCCUUCAAUGAUCAGCUUCUUCACCCAAAUGAUGUUAAUUUGGAUUUGAAUUACUUCUCACUUCACCAAAGUCGACCAGAGGAAAUUACUCUGAAAGAGGAUUUUGGAAAUUCCUUUCUGAGCUUGGCAGACAUUGGAGAUGAGUCCAAGUGUCCCCAGUAUAGUCAAAUUGAUAUCAGCUUCCAGAGUCUGGCUCAAAAUAACGACUCAUUUGGGGAUGAGGGUACUGGAAGGGAUUUACUCGACUUUCUGACAUGUGACAGUGAUUAUGGUCUAUUUACUGUUGUCAGCCCACAAGAGCUUUUUUUAAACAACAAUUCAGACAACACUUUACUCAACAACCAGCAUGGUGCAUCCAGACUAGAUCCUGCAGAAGAAGAGUCCCUGAACCAGCUGAGCAAUGAGCAACUGACCUCUGCCCUUACGCCUGUGUUUGCCACUUCAAGCCCAAAGAAGAAGAGAAAGAGAAAGUGCAGGCUAAUUGUGGACCAAAUUACUAUACUGACCAAUAUAGCGAUGCAGGAACAGCUCAGUGACUCCUCAGAUCUGAUUUCCCCCAUUGACAUGGCUCCUCCCACCAGAAAUAUCAUGCUGUGGAAAGAAAGCGGCGCUGCAGACAAACUGCUGGCUCAGCCGUGCACCAAUAUUAUAGCGCCACAGAUUAAAGAGAAUUUUAAAAACAUUGUUUACCUGUCUUUGCAUGACAAUGCAUCACAUGAGGUCAUGCGGCAGGAUGACAUUCACAGAAACACAUUGAACACUGAAAGGCUUGUGGAUUUAUCCAGACAUCCCAAAAAGCUCACAGACACCCUUUACUCGAGUGACAGCCAAGCUGAUGUAGAGCUCACACAAGAUGAACACAUAUCGGACCUCCAUUAUCCAGAAAUUCCGUCAGAAGACUCCCUGUUUGUCCAUCCAUCUCAUGUGGAUCAGUACAGUCAGGCGCGAUCCACAAACUCACAGACACAGUCUUUGCUGGGCAGCCAAUACUUUGAGGCACAGAGGCUCAACAGACAAGCACAGACGCUUCUAAAGUCAUUACAGCGCACCAGUGAAACUCAGUUCAGCCUGAAGGCCCUCUGUGCAGGAAGCACCCGCUCCCAGGCAACCGCUACCUUCUACUCUCUGCUGGUCCUGCAGAAACAACAGUCUGUGAACCUGCAGCAGAGUGCACCUUACGAGGACAUUCUUGUUACACUGGGAUCUGCAUUUUUUCUUAGGUGAAGGGAAAGUCAACUUAUUCUUAAAUGGGUUUUAUUGGGUACAAGUAAGACUAGCAAGUUUGUGUUGCUGCACUUGUAGGGGAAAAUAUUGUUUGUUAAUUACAUUUGCACAUUGUUUACUUUGAUUUAAAUGUACUGCCACAAAAUAAUUAGUUUUUAUUGUUAAAUUAUACUGGAAAAAUAGCACUGAGAUGUUAAUUGUUCCGUUCGAUUGUUGCAAAUGUUGCUUUGAAUAAGUGUGUCUGUAAAAGCCGAUUGAUUUGUACAAAUAAUUAAGUUAUUAGUCGUUGUUAGAAGCCAAGGUGUUAAAAUGUUUAAACCUGUAAUGGUUCUGGCUGGAUGUAAAAAUCACUUCAUGUGUACUAAAUAUUAACCUUAAUAUAUGUUAAUAAAAGAAAUGGAGGAAAA